GCUCAAGCUCUGAGCUGUUAGGCACAGGGGGGAUCCUAGCUCUUCCUGUAUGAACCUGAAACCUCUACUGUGGGCGCCUCUCUCGCCAUAACACCACGCCUGCUGUCGUCGAUCCAGCGCGUCUUUCAUCCGGCUGGAGGCCCCAGUUGAACCCCCUUCUCUGUCUGGGACGAGGCUGGUGCCUGGGCAUCCACCUGGGGCACGGACAGGGGCCUGGAUUUAAUCUAUCUGAGGCGGAAGCGAAGGGAGGAUUGAAACUUUUUCCCUCUCUUUCGUUCAUUUGACCUCACGUUCCUGCAUUUGUGUGUGAGCAGGACGUAAAGGACACAAGAGAUCUCAUUUUUGUUUUGAGGUGUUGAAUAUGGAGAAACUGAGCUGAAGAUGGGGUCGGUGUCAUCAUACUUUGGCCAGUUGUGCGGAAACGAGAAAAAGGGAGAGGACGAGAGACACUUGCGAGCUAAUGACAGACCUUUUAACCUGUCUUACCACUAUGCUAACAAUGCCAUCAAGACCUCCAAAUACAACAUUAUCACCUUCCUGCCGCUCAACCUCUUCGAGCAGUUCCGGAGGCUCGCCAACGCCUACUUCCUCUUCCUCAUGAUCCUUCAGGUAAUCCCACAAGUCUCCUCUCUCUCCUGGUUCACCACGGCUGUGCCACUGAUUCUGGUGCUGUCCAUAACCGCAGUGAAGGACGCCAGCGACGACAUAAACAGACACAAAAGCGACAAGCAAGUGAAUAACCGCAUGGUGGACGUCCUCAUCGAUGGACAACUGAAGAAGGAAAAAUGGAUGAAUGUUCAGGUUGGAGAUAUAAUCAAACUGGAGAAUAACGAGUUUGUCACGGCGGACCUCCUGCUGCUGUCGAGCAGUGAGCCUCUCAAUCUGGUUUACGUGGAAACGGCUGAAUUAGAUGGUGAGACCAAUCUGAAGGUCAAACAGGCCCUGACCGUAACUGGAGAGCUGGGAGACAACAUUGGUGCACUGGCUUCCUUCAAUGGUGAAGUGCGAUGUGAGCCUCCCAACAACCGCCUGGACAAGUUCAAGGGGAUCCUGUCUCUGGACGGACAAACCUACGCUUUGGACAACGACAAGGUGCUGCUGAGAGGAUGUACUCUGAGGAACACCGAGUGGUGCUUCGGCCUGGUCAUCUUCGGAGGUCCCGACACCAAGCUGAUGCAGAACAGCGGGAAGACUACAUUCAAACGGACGAGCAUCGAUCACCUGAUGAAUGUCCUGGUGUUGUGUAUCUUUGGUUUCCUGGCAUCAAUGUGCACUGUUCUGGCCAUCGGCAAUGCAAUCUGGGAGUUUAACGAGGGCUCAGUGUUCACAGCCUUCCUGCCUCGUGAGCAGGGGGUUGAUAGUGGUCUCUCGUCCUUCCUCACCUUCUGGUCUUACGUCAUCGUCCUCAACACUGUGGUGCCCAUUUCUCUCUAUGUCAGCGUGGAGAUCAUCCGUCUCGGCAACAGCUUCUUCAUAGACUGGGACAGGAAGAUGUAUUAUCCCAAGAGUGACACUCCGGCACAGGCGAGGACCACCACGCUCAACGAGGAGCUGGGUCAAAUCAAAUACAUCUUCAGUGACAAGACCGGCACCCUGACGCAGAACAUCAUGACUUUCAACAAGUGCUCCAUCAAUGGGAAAGCUUACGGUGAGCUGUUUGACUUUGCGAGAAAAAGGGUGGAAAUAACAGAGAAGACAGAGAAGGUGGACUUCUCCUGGAACCGUCUGGCUGAUCCAAAGUUUGACUUUCAUGACCACAGUCUGAUGGAGACGGUGAAAGAUGGAAACCUGGAGGCUCAGGCCUUCUUUCGCUUGCUGGCUCUGUGCCACACUGUCAUGCCUGAGGAAAAGAAUGAGGGGGAGCUCUACUAUCAGGCUCAGUCCCCUGAUGAGGGCGCUCUGGUGACCGCAGCCAGAAACUUUGGGUUUGUUUUCCGCCAGCGCACACCAGAGACCAUCACAGUCAUGGAGAUGGGCCGGCAAGUUGUCUACGAGCUGCUGGCUGUUCUUGACUUCAAUAAUGUGCGCAAGAGAAUGUCAGUCAUAGUGCGCAGCCCCGAAGGCAAGCUGACUUUGUUCUGCAAAGGGGCAGACACCAUCAUCUAUGAAAGACUCCACCCGUCCUGCAACCAACUAAAGGGGGUUACCACCAGACACCUCAACGAGUACGCAGGCGAAGGCCUCCGCACGCUGGUUCUGGCUUACAAGGACUUGGAUGAGAGUUAUAUGGACGGGUUUAAAAGGCGCCACCACGAGGCCAGCACUGCCAUGGACGGACGAGAGGAGAGACUUGACGAACUUUAUGAAGAGAUAGAGAAAGACCUGAUGCUUUUGGGAGCAACAGCUGUGGAGGACAAGCUGCAGGAUGGCGUGCCACAGACCAUAGAGCAGCUGGCUAAAGCUGACAUCAAGAUCUGGGUGUUGACUGGAGAUAAACAGGAGACGGCGGAAAAUAUUGGCUACUCAUGCAACAUGCUGAGAGAGGACAUGAAAGACAUUUUCAUCGUGGCAGCAAAUACGGCUGAGGGUGUCAAAGAGGAGCUAGAGAAUGCAAGAAGGCAAAUGUGUCCAGAUUCUGUGGACAAGCCAUCCGUGAUUAAGGAACGUGCAGGCCUGUUCUGGCUUCAGAAGACUGAGACUGUACAAGAUGAGAAAGUGGAUGGAGACUAUGGCCUCGUUAUCAAUGGACACAGUCUGGCCUUUGGGUUGGAGAAGAACCUGCAGCUGGAGCUGCUGAGGACAGCGUGUAUGUGUCAGACAGUGAUUUGCUGCAGGGUUACCCCUCUGCAGAAGGCUCAGGUGGUUCAGCUGGUCAAGAAAUACAAGCAGGCUGUCACUCUGGCAAUCGGGGAUGGUGCCAACGAUGUCAGCAUGAUCAAGGCUGCUCAUAUUGGUGUCGGCAUCAGCGGUCAGGAGGGCAUGCAGGCCGUUCUCUCCAGCGACUACUCCUUUGCCCAGUUCCGUUACCUUCAGCGCCUCCUGCUGGUGCACGGGCGCUGGUCCUACCUACGCAUGUGCAAGUUCCUGCGAUACUUCUUCUACAAGAAUUUCACCUUCACCUUUGUGCAUUUCUGGUACGCCUUCUUCUGCGGCUUCUCUGCUCAGACUGUGUAUGACGAGUGGUUCAUCACUGUGUAUAACCUGGUUUAUACAGCUCUCCCUGUCCUUGGCAUGAGUCUCUUUGACCAGGAUGUGAACGACCGCUGGAGUUUCCAGUAUCCUCAGCUCUACACUCCGGGCCAGCUGAACAUGUACUUCAGCAAGAAAGCUUUCGUGCGCUGCAUGAUGCACAGCUGCUACAGCUCCCUCAUCCUUUUCUUCAUCCCAUGGGCCGCCAUAUACGACACAGUCCGAGACGACGGCAAAGACAUUGCUGACUAUCAGUCCUUUGCUUUACUGGCGCAGACCUGCCUGCUGUUUGUAGUGAGCAUACAGCUGUGUCUGGACACCCAUUACUGGACAGCAGUGAAUCAGUUUUUCAUAUGGGGCAGCCUGGCCGCUUACUUUGCCAUCACAUUCACCAUGUACAGCAACGGCAUGUUUUUCAUCUUCACUGGCGCUUUCCCUUUCAUUGGUACAGCAAGAAACUCUCUGAACCAGCCGAACGUAUGGCUGACCAUCUUCCUGACUUCCCUCCUGUGUAUUCUGCCUGUGGUGGCUUUACGCUUCAUUGUCAUUCUGCUUCGGCCUACCAUUAAUGACAAGGUGAGAUAUAAAAUGCGGAAGGAGGCACUGCCAGCUUCUGCACCUCCCAAGCGUCGCAUGCGUAUCAGCACCCGUCGGUCUGGCUACGCCUUCUCACACGCCCAGGGCUACGGUGAUCUGGUGACAUCGCGGAAGUUCCUGCUGAGACCCCUGAAGAGUCGACCGGCCCUGGUCAUCCAAACAGACUCUCCUCUGGCUCAGAAUCAGCCACAGCACUACCGCACCAUCAAGGAGGAGCCAGAGGGCUCUCAGAGCCCGUAGACAGGAGAUGUGCAGGGACAUUCAAGUGUGUGAGAGCGCAAUAUUUUUUAUUUUGGAGCCUAGCUCACGCUCAUGAGAGGAUGCACAGGGUAAAAUUCCCCACCUGAGUUCUUUCCAGGUAAAAUUCAAGCACUUAAAACUAAGUCUGACUUUAACUCAAGGUUUUCCCUCGUGCAGAAAUGUCACUGUGAAAAUACUGAGCAACCUUAAAGAGCUGCACUGGUGCUUUUGCAUGUUUUAGCUUCAUGAAGUACAACUGCCUGCUAUCUGCAUCACUGGUGACCAUUGCAAUUUAUGAUAUUUUAACUACAGUUAACACCUGGAACGCUCAUUUAGCUAGGUAAUCAAUCAUAGUAGACAUUUGAUUGCCUUAAGUUUUGUUACUGUCAGGUUUUUAAACAGUUUUCAUCAGGGACUGCAUUCACUCAGUCAUUCAGUCUCUGCAAUUUGAGCAUCAGGUGCAAAAAUGCCAUUUCUGUUUGCAGAAAAGAGAUUAAAUUCACAACAUGUACAGACGUUUUAUUGUAUGACUUCUGAGUUUGAUUUUCUAACAACAAAGCUCAUAUAUGUAAUAUAUGUAAUACCUUUCAAUCAUAUCAAUUCAACUUUAUUGUCAUAGCACUUGCAUGCAUUGAACAAUCACAAUGUCUUCUUCUUCUAAACAGCAUGCAGUUUGUGCUUAAUUGCCUAAAACAUGCAAAACCAGAAACUGCAAUGAGAUUAACUUCGUGUUAUUUUUCUUGUUGUGAUCGGCAGAUUGUUUUUAGAAUGUAAGUUAAAAAAAUGUAAAGGUUGCCAUAGCUGAUCUAGAGACACUGUUAUAAACACUGUCUGCAACAGGAAGUUGCAUUUUGUACCUUUAUUUUUUUCCCCCCCUCAAGUGAACAGUCAGUACUCAGGGUGUCAUCAUAAGAAGAGAUAAAGGGCAAGUUCAGCUUCACUUGGACUAAUAAUCCUAUAUUCACUCUGUUGUUUACAUGAUUAUUUACUUGAAGAUUGUUGUUAUUAUUGUCCUGUUGUGUGUCAACAACAUAACUUGUUCGAUCAGCACCACUUAGUCACAGUGUUUUCAAAGUGCAACCAGGGGUCAGUGUUGUGCAUUCAGCUGAGUAAAAGGCACAGUAAUGGUGUUAGUGUCAUAGGAGGGCCAGUGCAAAGACCAGCCGACAGCACAUAUUACUCCUAAAAAUCCCUUUUCCUCAGUCCUUCCAUAUAUAUUGCCAUUGUGUCUUCUACUUUAUGUUGAGACGCUGAGAAUUUUGUCUACUGAUAGCAGCUUUGAUCCUCACGAUUGUUCAAGUUUCUACGAGAGCGAUUAUCUGUGAAAUAAAAAAUGAUCUUGA